AUGCUUCGAAAUGUGUCGCAGGGUAUGAUCUCCCGGCAUUUGGCACAGCUUGCCAGACCGGGAAUCGUCCCGAUUUGCCGUAUCUCUGCAGCGUCGCUCCUUCUAGGCCGGCGUCUGUUCUUUUGCAGUCCUAGAUCUGCCGAGGAACACAAAAAGCCUGAUCCACUCAAAAUUCUGAAGAUCACAAAGAAGUCAUUGCUUGCACAGAGCUCGUCUCUGAUUUCCCGCUUAUGGGUUCACAUCAAAUGGCCUCUCACACGUAAUGAUAGGUCCUUGACCAUGGACGAUCUAUCUGCAUUUGCUUCAUGGUUGGUAAUGGGUAACCUCUUGUGGAUUAUCUUGGGUACCACUACAUUCGGCUUCGUAGCUAUGUAUUUUCUCGACACCAUGGAUAAGUUUUGGGAGUCCUUGAAGUCUGCUACAACUGGUGCGGAUGAUGAAUCGGAGCAAACAGAGCGCCCAAAAGUGAAAAACCAAGACAAGAGCCUCAUUGGAGAAUUGGCGGGUACAGUUCUCUCUCAUGGGUUGGGUCUCCGUUUUGCAUUUGAAAAAGGCAAUGUGUUACCAGUUUUCGAGGACGGUAUGUUGAAAUUCAAGAAUGUCAAGAUCUCUCUGCGGUCCUCGUCCAAAAGUGACAAUCUCCUGUUUUCUGCAGAAAUAUCUCUGCUCAAUCUCAGCUUGUCUUUCAAGAAAUGGUAUGAAGGCAACGGCCUUAUCUACAACAUGGAGAUCUUCGGCAUGCAAGCCAAGGUCCAUCGGAAGCAUGAAAUUCCGGACAAUGACAUGCUGCCUCAAGACCGCAAUGACCAGAUAAUUCCUACCUUCAAUUCCAUGGCAUUGUCAUUUAGUAACUACAAUGACACCCACAACAUGCAGAAUGACUUGAAUGAACAUAGUUAUCUGGAGUUGGAGAGCAUCAAACAAGACAAACAUAUCUCAUUAUUUGACCCAGAAUAUAAUUUGGCAAAUGUCAAAAUUCAUGACUCGAAGAUUGAGCUUUACGAAAACGAAGACGUGGUUCCAUUCAAGAUAACAAUUUUCAACUGUGACUUACCAAGGUUGAGAGGCAAUCGUUUGUUGAUAGACUUUUUCAAUGCCAACAAUGUUACUGGCACGGUCAAUAACUCCAUGUUCACCAUUCAUAAGCACCAGACUUUCGCAAAUAGCGAAAACACAGUCAGGUUCAAGCUUGAUGGUAUUGACAUGGGGUCUCUCAGCAAAGCUAAUCCACAGCUGAAAUUCAACUGGUUGGUAAGCGGAAAGGCAGAAAUUGUGGCAGACAUAAGAUUGCCCGACUUUGAAGCGUUGGAAUCCGAGAAGGCUUCCUUGGAUAUGACCUCAGGUGGCUUCUUUCAAUGGAUUAUGGAUGAGAUUAAAGAUUUGACUCAGCCAAAGAUGCCAUCGGCUGCCAGCCCACAGCAUGAUGAAGGCUUGUUUAAGGGCGCAAUUGCAGCUCUAUACGAAACUUUUUCGGCACCACACGAAGACGAAAAACUAAGUCUUCAGGAGUCCGAUUAUGUGAUUGUCAAUGUAACUGUCAAAUUCAGGAAUUUGAAGGCUACGUUGCCGCAAUUUCUCCCCAUGGCAUCCUCCGCACCCAUCCCUUUCGUCACUCUCCAAAACUUACGAUCGUUAAUAUCCUACAUCAAUGGUCUGGAUACCGAAAAGCCACUCGUUAUUAAAACAACAGUCAUCGAAAAACUCUCAGAUCUCUACAACUUGGAUGUGAUCUCACAAACCAGAGUUUUUGAUGCUAUUGUCGGUGACAUUUAUGACGAUUUAUCAAGAAUGAUCAAGUUGGACGAGAAACGAAUUAUGGAUGAGAGAUCUCAUAUGUGGUCUCAUUCAGUCGUGAGUCAGUUGCUCCUUCUCGGCUUGGGAGCUUUGGCAUGA